UUUUUUUUUCAAUUUUUCACUCCUACUCUGGCUUCCGGACGCCAAGACAGACCGCUGCCGCCGAAUUUAAAGAGACAGGCAAUAGUUAUUUUAAAUACGAUAAACGGCAACCAUUGUCCCUUCGCUUAUUUCCCCUCGCUUUUACCUCGGCGUGUUUAUUUCGACAGAGAUGUUUGAGGAAAGUCGCAGCGAGUAGUAGCUUGUCUGUCAUCAACCUCCACUCUGCUGGAUUUCCCGUCUUCUUUGCGCGGAGCCGAGACUGUCCAGCCAGGCAAAGUAGGGUUGCUUGCUGGCAGGCUGGCUUCCCGACCGAGAGGAAGGUUUGUCGGCUAGCCAACAACUGGAGGUAACACCGAAGCUUUCCCUCUCAAGUUGUGUGGUUGUGGCUCUCUCAAGCCUCCUCCUGUCGCCGGGGAUAUAAUGGCGAAGAUUCAGGCACACAGCACCGCGAAGCAAAUAAACCAAAUCCAAGACAAGCCUUAUGUUAUAACACAAAAGCAAGUGCAGCAGCAGCACUUCCAGAAGCUGAAGGUAAGAAGACAACAGACACGACGAGGGAAAAGUCCCCUCAGAGUCAGAACCAUUUUGUUGGUCGUAUCGUUGCAUUGGAUUUGAGGCUUUUCUCUCACGUCGAGGGGAGUGAAAGGAUCGGCUGGCUAAUGUUAGUUAGCUCACUGGCCUAUUAAAAGUAAUUCAUUGCUUAACAGUCGAGCGUUGACAUUUAAGGUUAGAUGUGGAAGCUGUGUUUCAUUAAUGGAUGUGUUGUGGGACAGUGCAAUGACACACUUGGAGGUAGUUUCUUAUUUACGGUGUCAAUAACAGGCACAAAUGUUAACUCAGACCUCGGUUGUGGGAAGUUCCUCCUUGUUGGUUUUUUUUUUCUAGCCUCCCCUGAACAAAGUGGAGGACGUCAGCCAGCCAGGCCAGCCAACAAAACAGCUAUUUCUGAUGAUUAGCAGCUUCAUUACACAUUUCUUUGUUAUCGCAGUGUCUGAAUUUCAUCAAGCACAUUAUGCCAGCACGACACUGCAGACCGGGAACCUGCUGUGACUAACCGUAUUGUAUAAAUUCAUAGGUGGGUAGGUGUUGUGAGUGUUUCAUGGAGUUAUAAUCGUCAGUAGACUGGCUAAUGUUAGCCCCCUGUAAAUGUGCACUGUUUGUGACAAGGCUUUGUGUGAGUGAGAUCACAUAUUUUUAUCGUAACCUGACCUGGCGAGGCUUGGAUGGAUGAAGAAAAGCUGAGGUGCAGUGAACAAAAGCUGUGAAGCUGUGUCUUAUAUUCGCCCAUUUAUUUAUUUAUAUAUUUAUCGCUUACUUGUACAGCUUGUACAGCUAAAUAGAGCAUUUGUUGAUAGAGGACUGUCGUCAAAAAUGGAAGCUAGCCACUUUUUAUCCAGUUUCUUGUCUCACAAUGUGCGAUAUUUUUUUGUUUUUGCUUUUGUUUUCUGUAACAAGAGGUUUGCUCAUGUAGAAAUGCCACCAUACAACUAUUGACAACACUAAGCACAAGGCCGAUGUACUCAAGUGUUUGUAUCCGAUAAGCUAGGACACAGCACAGAUAGUGUGUAAAAUAAGACGUGAAUUAUUUCUAAAAUACUAAAAGGGGGUUGUGGAUAAUGAUUUAAAGGUCUGAAUCUGAAGGAACUAUGUGCUUUGACAACAUUGAUAAGUAAAUGCAUAAUAGUCUGCAGAGUGGCCCGGUUACACAGUUUCAACACUAAACUCAAGUCAAGCCUGAACUUAUUUAUGCCAAACAAUUAUACUGUAAAUAUCUUCAACAGGUAGAGCAAGGAGUGGAGAGGAAAGUAUCCAUUUACAGAUUUAUUUUCUUUAGGUAUUAACAUUGUGGUUUUGGGGGAUACGUUUAAUAAGUUUAAAAUUUUACCUCCAAACGUAUGACGCUUGUGUUUAAACAUAUUAGCAGUGUUUGGGUUGGCUUUGUCAUACUUCUCUUUUAAUUUGUUCCCCACGUUUUUUAAUAAAAUUACAUACGCAAACAAGCACACAACUUCAUUGCCCUCAAUAUGAUCGAGACUUUUUCAGAGCUUUGUCAGGAUCCUUCCUCAUCAGCUGUACAACAGGAUGUGUGCCUUACAGCUUUUCCACGGGUCCAGGUGAGUCCAAAGUGCUUUGCAGCGCCGUGAUGAUUUUUGUUAUUCUUUGUUCUCAGGUUGAAGAUGCCUUGUCAUAUCUAGAUCAGGUCAAAAUCCGAUUUGCGAAUGAUCCUGGAAUAUACAACAAGUUUCUCGACAUCAUGAAGGAGUUCAAGUCACAGAGGUAUUUAUGCAAAAUGUUACUUACUUGAGAUGAUAUGUAAAUCCAUUGUCUUGACUUAAAUUGCAAUGCUAAACUUACUUCAAUAUCCAGGGAUUUACCAAACAUUUUACAAAGGUGCACAAACAAGAAAUUAGAGGUGGUCCCUGGGGUAAACAGAGCUGGGUGUUAUGGUUUGUCUGUAUUUACUUCUGUCACCCUCACCACAACUGUAUCUGUUUCUGCCUGUUCUCUUGAAUAGCAUUGACACACCAGGGGUGAUAAACCGUGUGUCUCAACUCUUCCACGGACACCCGGACCUCGUAUUGGGCUUCAAUGCGUUCCUACCGCCAGGGUAUCGAAUAGAGGUCCCUAAGAAUGGGGUGGCUUUCCUCCAAUCUCCCUUCUCCGCACAGGUGAGAGACAUGCUCAGAGGCAGAGUUGGUAAACUCUCAAACUACCCUUUUCUCUAAGUUUUGAAACUAUUAGACUUUCUGCCGGUGUAUCAUCUCACAGUGCUUUAAGAUGUUGCAGGUGAGAGAGCUUUUGAAUUCUUAAGAGGGAAUCAUAUAUUUUUUUUGGCAGGUCUUCUGUUAGGUGCUGCGCUGCUAUGAAAGACUUAAUAGCACAAAAACAAUGAAGUUUAUUGUCACUUUGGUAGUUUUAAAAGAAAUACACAGAAUUAAUCAAGACAAGAGGUGGUCCAGUCCAUUUUUAUCAUUGUAAAUACAUCCUGUCACUAAACAAACACACUUUAAAAUGCAGCAGGGAGGGUUUUUAAAGUUAAGUCAAGAUCACAAGUGUAUAAAGAUCAGCUUAGUUGACAUGUGUAUAAAAUGCAUUAGUUUGGAUCAUUGUUGAUUACUUCAGACAUUUACACAAUGUAUUCUCCAACACUACAACUAUUGGAUUAAGUUUGUAACUAUUUAAAAUUCAAAGUUUGGUUGGUGAAAGUUGCUUUAGCUCAGCUUGAGUUCAUAUUUUGAAUGAGCCCAAAUUUCACAAUUUAAUUUAUAAAAAUGUGUUUUUUGAUUAACUGUAGCAUAAAAAACGGAAAUCACAAGGAAUCAAGUGCGGUAAGUCUUAAAGGUGCUUUUGAUCCAACUCAAGCUACUUUGUAAAUCAACCUGCCUGAUAAAAUUGAACUAUUAAAUGCCCGUCUUAGAGUUCUUAAUGUCAGUGUUUUGAUCAGACCGUAUGUUGAUGGGCUUCUCUCUCAGGACAAGUUUUCUUCUGUUAACAAAGUGACAGAAGAGUGACUCAGGGAUUUGAUUGUGCAAUCGAAGGACCCAGGGAGGCGUGUUUCAUACAUGUUUGUAUGGCUGUCUCUACUCAUGGUUCAUAUGUAUGUCGUCAUUUCAAACUCACUGUGGAUCAUGGGCCUGUGUUGACGUUGUAUAAAACUUCUCAUCCUGGUUUUACUCAAACUAAUUUAAGAUCACUGUGAUGUUUCUUAAGUGGCGUCAGCAGAGCUCAAUGUUUGCACUCAAUCGUAUAAGUUUCCAAAAUUUGCUUUUACAACAUGCAGUUUUUUUCUGCUGAUCAAUUUAUCUUACUGUCAAAUCUGAGUCUAAAUUUCCUGCAAUUAAAUUUCUGCAAAUUGAACAAAAUCUCAACAAAGAACAAAUAUAUAGUUUCGUUUUUUGUGCAUCACUUUCUGCACACUGUUCUUAAUGACAGAUAUAAAAGUGGCAUUUAAGAGAGUUUUGCUUGUAGGAGUUGUAUUUUAUCUUGAAAACUGACUGACUAGUAUUGCAGAGUUUUAACUCCUGAUGUGGUAUUUAACAUGAUGAAUGGUAGGGGUCAUAAAUGACAUUUAUUGCUCAAUAUUUGAUGCAUUAUUUGCAGAAUGGGAUGAAGUGAGAGAGUGAUUCAGAGAGCCGUACUACAUACAGUCACACAGAUCAAAAGAGUUCAAGUAUUAUUCCUCAAAAAUGCUCAUGAAUGAAUUUUAAACAUAACCGGGGCUUUCAUUUACUGACUAAUAUUUCUUCCCAAAGGUUUAGGUUCACAAAAAUGUGCCUGGAUUUAGCAUUUGUAUCCACCAAUCUCAACUUCUGUAUUUUCUUUUCCGUUCAGGUAUCUCCUGGCCAGCAGGGGAAGACUCUAACCACCUCUGCAGUGACUACAACCUCAGGGAGUGCCUCUGCAGCCCAGACUGAAGCUGGACCAGCCCAGACAACGGAAGUGAAGACGGCCUCAUCAGAAUCCGUAUCCCCUUCAAUCCCAGCAGGGCCUCCAGAGCCCCAGAGUAGACUCUCUCUUCCUCUGAUGAGCAGAGAAAGUCAGACUCAGGCAACCACUUCGUCUGUAUCCCCUCCUGCCUCAGAGACGAGUCCCGUGGAGUUUGACAGCGCCAUCAGCUACGUAAACAAGAUCAAAAACCGUUUCCUGGACCACCCAGAGAUCUACAGAGCCUUCCUAGAGAUUCUGCACACAUACCAGGUAUUGAAGAAAGGAAAUACAACGGGUGAAGUUCAUAAAUAAUAAACACGAUGGUAGAGGUGUUAUUGUCCAGGAUCACAAAUCCACAGCUGUCAUUUCCUGGGAGGAGAGUGUGAGAGAGAGAGCGUGUCUCCUGUAUCAUGACAUUUGACAAUGCACAGUUCAGGUCAAAUAAUGACAGUUUUGUUCAGCUGUUUUUCUUAAAUGAGCUCCUUUGAUCUCAUUUCUGAUCCCCAUUUUUUCCUCUCGCCACCUUUUAGAAGGAGCAGCUGGAGGUUAAAGAGAGUCGAGGAAGCAGAGGCAGCAGUGGGAUGACGGAAGAUGAGGUGUUUUCGAAAGUUGCCAGUCUUUUCAAAGGGCAAGAGGACCUGCUGGCAGAGUUUGGACAGUUCUUACCAGAUGCCAAGAGAUCACUGGUCAGUAAAGCAGCUGUAGACUGAGAUAAGUGUGGUGCUGCACUUCCAAAUGUAUGUGGAAAGGUUGUUGUUCUUCAUAAUUCAAUUGGCAACACACCCAUCAGAUUUCAUUGACUUUUUAAAUGUACUUUUUGCCUGAUGUUUGCAUAUCUCACACCUUUUAUGUUUUCCUUCUUAGAAUUGGUUUGGUAUUCUUAUUUUUCAGUAAAUGUAAUGAGUCAAUUGACAGAGAUUCAGUCCAAUUUAGAGCUCAGACAAUACGUCAAUCCACAGACGUAAAUUGGCUAUCUUUGAGAUAAUUGUUCAGCUGCAAAAAAAAAUCUGAUAUAUUACCUCAAUCUGAAGAUUUUCAAAAUUGUGCUAUAAAAAGUUAUUUAAGUUGUUGUCCACAAAUUUGUGACACUUUCUGUUUUCCUGGGUGCUUCGUCCUGCAGUUCACAGGGAGCUCGCUGACAGGAGGGAAAGAGCAGCUGAAGAGGCCCGAGGAAGAGGACACGAUAUCCAAACAGAACAAAAAGAGGCCUCGGCCCAUUCUCCUACAGCACAUGUCCCCCCUGCUUAAGGUAAACUCUCUGUUUAGAUCCAAAGCCUUGUAUAAAUGCACUUACGAACACACUGCAAACGUCCUUGGUCUGGAAAAAGUUAAACAGCUUUUUGUGUCUUCCUGAAAGUAACUUUGAGUGCUAUUCACCGUGACCUCAAUAAAUGACGUUUCUUGAUGUGAUUUUUGCUCCUCAAGAAAAAAAUGAAGUAUUCCUGUACCAAAGACCAGUCCUUCGCUUCAGUUGGGAAACAUGGAGUCUUAAGAGAAUUUUCCUUCUUCGAUAAGGUGAGGCAUCAGAGAUUUUGGCAACCAAGUAGGAUUUCCCUCUUCCUCGGUUCAUGCUGUUCUUUUGGCUCACAGCCUCUGUACCUCCUUUUUUCUAGAUUCUCUCUUAUUUUUCUGUUUUCCUUCCUCGGGCGACCUUCAUUACAUCUGCCGGUCUGAUUUUCCCAUCAUUUUCCUUUCUCAUCACUCAGGUUCGCCGCCUUUUUAAAAGCCAGGAAGUGUACGAGAACUUCUUGCGCUGCAUCGCCUUGUUUAACCAGGAAGUCGUUUCAGGAGCCGAACUGCUACAGCUCGUCACUCCUUUCCUGGGGUGAGUGGAUACAAAGAUGAUGGGGCAAAAUGAGUGUGUGAGAUGGCAGGAGGGAAUGAAAAUAGAUGGAUGCACAAGUGAAUAGAAACAGUGACUGCAAGUGCUGACAGGUGUAGAUCGUAAUGUUUACUAUUGUAGAGGGAAACAUGGUAGGACAACAAAAGCUGUAAAAACGCUGACUUUUCUAGAACUCUCAAACGAAUCAUUUCUAUCUACUUGUUUGUAUUUCCUUUGUGUUUACACUGCUGGGAAUUUUUUUCUGAUGUCUGUUUGUUUUUUGGUCAGCUCUUGUCCUGGUUUCUCCGUAACUCAUAACUUCAAUCAUCUCCUUCCAGGAAGUUUCCUGAACUGUACACACAGUUCAAGUCGUUUCUGGGGGACAAAGAGCUCUCUCAUGCUGUGUCAGGGCUGUCAGAUCGCUACAUGGAGGGGGGAGGGGGCCGAGAGGUAGAUUACGCCUCCUGCAAGCGCCUCGGGUCCAGCUACAGAGCUCUGCCCAAGACCUACCAGCAGCCUAAAUGCAGCGGACGCACUGCCCUAUGCAAGGAGGUACACUCACUUCUACUUAGCUGCAGAGUUAUUACCAAUUCACCAAUGAGUGAAUGCAUGGCUGAGUUGUAGUUUAGCUGUUAACAAAGUUUUACUAGCACAUUCAUCCCUCUUCACAGCCUUUUUAGGCGUAUUGCUGUGUUUUCUUAAGUAAUUUUGUUUUCAAAUAUUACACAUAUUCUUGUAUGAAGGAUCUGAUUAACAUUUUUGCCUUGUUUUUGUGAGUGUAGGUGUUAAAUGACACCUGGGUGUCAUUCCCCUCCUGGUCAGAAGACUCGACAUUCGUCAGCUCAAAGAAGACUCCCUACGAGGAACAGCUUCAUCGCUGUGAGGACGAAAGAUUCGAGGUGUGUACAUCGCAAGUCGUGUUUUAUUUACACAUCCUCAACAGUGAGGAGGCUUGUGUAAACAUUACAACUUAAUCUGCGUUUGUAAUAAGAGAGUAGUUAUAAAUCUUCAGCCUGGGAGCUUUUGACACACACUGACUUGAUGUUUUACUUCUCUAUACCUGUAACUCUUCACCUGCAGUUGGAUGUCGUUCUGGAGACUAACCUGGCCACCAUCAGGGUACUGGAGAGCGUUCAGAAGAAGCUCUCCCGUCUUUCUCCAGAGGACCAGGACAGAUUCAGAUUAGACGACUGCCUGGGUGGCACCUCUGAGGUCAUCCAGCGCCGUGCUGUGUAUCGUAUCUAUGGCGACAAAGCCCCGGAGAUCAUUGAGGGACUGAAGAGGAGUCCUGCUACCGCUGUGCCUGUUGUGCUCAAGAGGUCAGGCUUGUCUUUUGUGUUUCAUACCUCACCUAUAAAAAGCUUGAUGGGAUAAUCUUGAACUUGAUGUGAAUGUUACAUGAUUUGUGGGAAAUAAUAUUGAUGCCUCGACUAGUUUUCUUGAAGACAGUCUUUGCAGAUCAAGUGUUUGUUUAAUUGAGAUAAGCUGUGACAGAAGUGUUGUUCUGCUUGAUCAUUGAAGGUGAACCAAACCAGCUCAGUUUUAAUUAUGAGACUGAUUCGUGACAGGCUUUUACAUAUCAAGUAAACUGUAAAAUAAACAGAGCUGUUCCCUCUUGCAGAUAAUCAUCCAGCCUUACAAUCAGUCGGCCAUGUUUGCAGGAUACUCCACCGGCAGACAUGUUCACCUGUCAUAGUUCUAGCCUCAGUUUGUUUUGGAGAGUUCAUGUGAGGUGUGUGGAUCUCUACAGGUUGAAAGCCAAGGAGGAGGAGUGGAGAGAGGCCCAGCAGGGUUUCAAUAAAAUAUGGAGAGAGCAGUAUGAGAAGGCAUACCUGAAGUCCCUCGACCACCAAGGAGUCAACUUCAAACAGAACGACAUGAAGGCCCUCCGCUCCAAGAGUCUGCUCAAUGAGAUCGAGAGCGUAUACGACGAGGUAAACACUUGUGUGUCAUGGUUCGGUUUAUUUUUAGGGCUGGGUUGAGGAGUUACUGCAGAUGUUCGGCACAGUAAGAAACAAUAAGAUAAAAGAGUGAAUAGUGGAGUUAACACCACUGUUUACCUUUGCGUGUAAACCUCUCAACAGUACCCACUCACAGUGUUCAGUACUGGAAAAGUUUUAAGGUGAGUUUUUCUGUUAAGGGAUAUCAAGGCACACGAAUUUUUCUACUUUUUAUUCUUCUUAUUUGCUUUUCAGUUCAUUUCUGACCUUGGAGAUAAGAGAGGACUUUAAGAGAUGAUCUUAACAUGAGGGGCUGACACAGUCCACUCAAAAGAAGUAGAAUUACUGUCGAGAAUCAAAGAUGUUUCUGAGUAAUAACAAAGUGAAGGUGUCUGUCCUUAUCCAUGUUUGAGUGAGGCGAUGCUUUGCUUAAUUUCUUGAACUGAAGGUGGAUUUUUGUCGCUCAAAGGUCUUUUAUUGAGCACAACAUCUUAGCAAAGCUGUUGAAUUUUCUAACCACUGGCCCUUACAUGUAUGUUUAGCCUUAGUAAAGAAAAAAACACAAUCCUAAAAGGUUAAGACUUUAAAACUAAAAUAAAAGGGAUUGUAAUCUGUGAUAAUUCAGGAAUUAUGACACAAACUACAACACCAUUGAAAACAAAUAAUCAUGAAUUGUACUACACUUUAUGGCUGUUGGUUUCAAUUUCUCAAGAGACUGUCCUUGAAUUUUCCCCUUUGGCCGAUCACUGAACUCUAUGUGUUUCUAGGUCAAAGGUCAAGCUGAGUUUGACCUCAAGUUAGUUCUAUUCCUGUGAGGAGGAUAUCGAAGACACGGUGAAGGGAAUAUUUUACAUCUGAUUUGUUUCUUUAAUUUUACCCACGACUCUUUCUGUCAUCUGAAAUCUUUCCUCACUCUGUCUUUGGUAUCUGUUGUGAGAGACAUGUUUUGUUUAUUUAUUUUCUCCUAGUAAGUGAUUGUGCUGCAAACAUCACUCUGAAUGUUGGUCUACUUAUGCUCUAUUUAUAUAUACGUGAGGGUAACACUAAUUCGUCUUGUUAGUAGAGACACUAUCUGAGGUGGUAAUUGCAAGUCUUUUCAUCCUUUCCCGAAGUGAAGCCGCUGUUCAGGCUCAACUUUGUAGCUGUGAUAGACUAAUUAAACUUGUAAAAACCUGCUGGCUGAUUCAUUAAAACUGUAAAAACCUUUUGAUGGGUGACAAUGUGUCUCUUACCUGCGUUUAGUCUUUUUCUUUUCUGUGUUUCAGCGACAAGAGCAGAGCACAGAGGAGGGCGGCGUCGGGCAGCAGGGUCGUAACGGCUCUGGCGCGGCCUCAUCGAGCGAGCCUCACAUGGUGUUUACGUACGAAGACAAACAGAUCCUGGAGGACGCUGCCUCCCUCAUUAUCUACCACGUCAAACGUCAGCCCACCAUCCACAAAGACGACAAGGACCACAUCAAGCGCAUCAUCCAGCACUUUGUCCCUGACCUUUUCUUCUCCCGCCGCGGCGAGCUCAGCGACACUGAAGAUUGGACUGAUGAAGAAGCGGAGCCUGAGGAGGGUGGUGAGAGAGGUGGAGGAGUCGGUAGUGGAGGUUCAGCAUCAUCAGCAGCAGCAGCAGCAGGAGGAGGAGGAGGAAACGGGAAUUCAAAUAAUGCACCAGGAUCAGCAGCAGCAGCAGCAUCAGCAGCCACAGGUAGUCAGUCUCAACUUCAUCCUGCCCUGUCACAGUCCCAGAUCCUGUCCCAACCUCCGCAGCAGCUUAACGGGGAGUCCAGACGGAGGCGCUGCAGCCCUUCCCAAACUGCAGACACGGAGGCCUCUACCACCUCGAGUAGCAUAAGCCAGCCUGCAGGUACAGCCGCAUCCACCCCGGGAUCAACACCUAUGGAGACGAGUUCAGGUGUAACAGGGGAAAAAGUGGAUCUGCGUGACCCCGAAGCAGAGCACCAGAAGGAUCUGGACGGGGUUUACAACCUCUUCUUCGUCAACAACAACUGGUAUUUCUUCCUGCGGCUGCACCAGACGCUGUGUUCGCGUCUCCUACGGGUUUACCGGCAGGCAGAGCGGCAGCUGCUGGAGCACCGAGCGGAGCAGAGCCGGGAGAGGCUGUUGAUGGCAGAGGGGAGGAGAGAAAAGGCAUGUGACCUCGCCAUGGAGCUGCGCCUCAAACAGCCCAGUAAGUGUAUCCUCUGAAUGCUCCGAUAGUUAGACUGAAGUAUUUAUUCUGAGUUGUUUUAACAAGGAGUCACAUCUGACUCAUCACAGAUAAACUCAGCGUGGGAGGUAGUGUUUUGUUUUAGACUCUGAAUUAUGAUCAAGAGCUGCCAUAAAAAUAUCACCUCAUCAAGAGGAUGAGCAAAUAAGCUUUAAUUUAUGAGCACUGAUUGUGAAGGUUACUUAGUCAAACUGUUUUAUGUUUUAUGUCAGUUCACUCAAUUAUGCCGGGAUUCACUGUGUGAGUCACACGACACAAUAUAGGCUUGUUUGAUAAAUGUGUGCGCAGGCUGACGCUGUUAUUAAGCAGGAAAGUAUUGAAGACUGGAAAAUUCGACCAAAGAAACAAAACAGAGAGAAGACAUUAUGUUUGAUGGGAUUUAUUCUGCUGAUCUUGUUUUGGAGGAGUGUGGAACAGUGAUGUUUCUCUGAGAUAAGCUGGAAUAACACCAUAGCUGUUUUAGGUGGCUGUAAGAGGGAGUAUAACUGCUUUUACACGCAAAGAUUUCAUUCGUAGCAGAGGUGGAGAAGAUGUAACAGAUCCACGUCUCCACACUACGAUGGAGUAUUGGAGCCACAUUAAGAAAAAAAAUAUUAAAUUUAGAGGUUACAGUUGUUAAUUUACGAGAAUAAAGUUCAAAUAUAGUAAUUACUUGCAAGAAUCAAAUUAUUAAGUAAUUCAGUGGUUCUCAAGUCCAGUCCUCGAGGCCCCCCGUCCUGCAUGUUUUAGAUGUUUCCCUGCUCCAACACACCUGAUUCAAAUGAUUAGCUCGUUAUCAAGCCAUUACAGAGCUUGAUAACGAGCUAAUCAUUUGAAUCAGGUGUGUUGGAGCAGGGACACAUUGAAAACAUGCAGGACAGUGGGCCUCGAGGACUGGACUUGAGAACCACUGAAGUAAUUACUUCCGAGAAUAAAGUCGUAAUGAAAUCAUUCUGAUACUUUUGAUAAUGUGGUGCUGAUGUGCCAAAAGAUCAAAGUAUCUCCUUGUUUGAGAAACCUAUGUUGAAGUACAUUUUCAUGAAAUACUCCAUGGCUCUCAUUUCAACAACUGUCAUCUUAAACAGCAGGUUAGAACAGGAGUGGGCAAUUAAUGUUUACAUGGGGCCACAUGAGAAACCUGAACUGUGUUAGAGGGCUGAAACAACAAUAACUUCAACCUCAAAUCAGGGGGGGCCACGCAUACAGAAAAAUAAGCCCAAAUAAGCAACUACGAGUUAAAAACAAGCCCACUCACAAAUUUUACAAGCUACUUUUGAGAGAAACAACCUUAAGUCGUUUAUAAUAAGCGGACUUGGCAACUCUAAGGCGUCUAUGAAUUACAUUUUUCUCUGUUCACAAAUGCAGAUCUAGGAUGUACGCAUGUUCAUCCAAACAGAAAUAAAACAAUGGCUAGGUUUUCAAAAUAAAAGCGACACACUUUUAUAGCAUGUUGAUGAUUUGAUUGGACCUCAUGAAGGGCCAGGCAAGGACAUCCAAAGGGCCGGAUGUGGCCCUCGGUCUGUAAAAUGCCCAGGUCUGGGUUAGAAUAUAAGGACUUUAUUCUGACUUUAUUCUCGUAAGUGAUUACCUAACAACAACUUUAUUCUCGUACGUAAUGAUUUAAUUACAACUUAAUUUUCAUAAGUAAUUUCUUAUGACUUUAUUCUCUAAACUUGAUGUCUUUAAUCUGGAAGUCUUGAUUUUUUUUUUUUCCUUAAUGUGGCCCUAAUAUCACAGUACCACAUAGAUGAUGUAACGUCACUGUGACUGCAUGGUGUAGUAACAAAUGUGAUGUCACUUUCCCAACACAGGCGAGGUUGAGCUAGAGGAGUACUACCCAGCAUUCCUUGAUAUGGUGCGCAGCCUGCUGGAUGGAAACCUCGACUCCACACAGUAUGAAGACACGCUGAGGGAGAUGUUCACCAUUCACGCCUACAUCGGCUUCACCAUCGAUAAAGUCAUCCACAACAUCAUUCGACAGGUAAGCGAAGUUUAUUCCGUAUUUCACAAUUCAGACACAUCAUGCAGUGUUUUAUAACGCCACGUUCUAAUCUGCAUUUUCCUUGACCCCAGCUGCAGCACCUGGUGAGCGACGAGGUGUGUCUGCAGGUGGUUGAUGUUUACCUGGCUGAGAGGAAGAGGGGGGCAGCAGGGGGAAACCUGUCCUCACAGUGUGUCAGGGCGGCCUGGGAAACGAGCUACCAGUGGAAAGCCGAGAGAGUCAUGGCUGAGGAGAACUGCUUCAAGGUGAGCUCAAAGUCCUGGAGAAUCGAAUACUGAUUUACAGAUCUGGCUGCGACUUUGCGCUGAGGUGGCAAAAAAUUAAAAACCACACAUUUACUGAGAAAUCUUUUGAAACAUGCUGAGUAACUUUAGAUGAAAUAAAAGGUCUGCCACUUAGACUGGAAAAGCACAUUUUAAAGUAAGUCAUUAUUAAGUAAUUUGAGGAGUAAUGAUCUGAGGGAUCUGCUCCCUUCUGAGUUCAGCUUGUUAAUCACUUUCUUUCAAAACCUGUUUUCAGAGGAUUUUCAACACUGAGUUACCGUUAUUUGUGAAAGACACAACCGUACUUAGCCUUCUGAAUUAACCGUCUCUUAAAAUUUAAAUGUUGUUCUUGUCUCCUUUUACAAGCAAAGUCCUCCUAACCUUCCUCCUGCGUUAGCUUUUACUACACACCCACUAUGUUAAUGGGUUGGUUUUGACCCGUGUCUUAAAUCAGCUGCAAAUUACACUAAAAACAAAUCUCUAUCAUCCAGUUUUGUUCUCAUCUCUAGGUUACCUUGUUUGGCUUCAUUAUCCAUGAAAAUUUUGCUGAAUUGAUCUCAUAUGUCUGAACAUACACAAUGUUUUUUUUUUUUUUUGUGCAGGGAAAAACACGGCAAAAUGAGAAUUUCCUAAAUCUCACAUGAUUGGAAGAGGAUCUGACUGUCAGUGUGGUGCCUGAAAGUGCACAUAUGGUUUUAGUUUUUGCUCUAAUCAUUAGAUGUUGAUCUAACCAAGUCAACAGCGACCCUAAAACAACAAGUGCCAUAAUUUUAAUAAGAGCAUUUUAUACUUUAUUCAAUUUAAUUUUUUAAAUUUUUAUUUUGUUGAAGUAGAGGAUCCUGACAAAGUCAAAAAAUCAUGAUGCAGAAAAGCUAAUUUAGGUUCAUUUAAAAACAAGAAAGGGUCGGUGCAGACCCUAACACAGGAGGAGGGUUAACACAACUGAUCAAGUUUGAUCUCUUAACUGUGAUGUUUAACCUUUACAUCACUUUGACUUACCUUUUAGUGAGUUUUUUUUUUUUGCGUUACCAGGUGAUGUUCCUCCAAAACAAGGGUCAUGUGACGAUGACCAUCGAGCUGCUAGACACUGAGGAAGCACAAGCUGAUGACCCGUUAGACGUACAGGUGAAUACGGACAAAUCUCAGGCACAGAAAAAGCAAUAUUUCAUUUUUUCAACCGUCACUGAUCUCUGAUGUCUCCUCCCUCAGUGCCUGUCGAGCUACAUGGAGCAGUUCAUCGGGACGGAGUCGAGUUUGUGCUCUCAAGUAGAGGGCUACUUCUUCAAACCUGUAUUUCUUCCCAGGUACAGUGAUGUAAUGAUCCCAGAGGUUAAUUGUUUUGGGAAGAAAACCUUUUAGUCACCCAUUCUGUAAAAUCCCACACACUCUUUGUUGACCUUUGCCUCCUUUUAAAACAAGAAAAUAUCUAAUUCAGUUUGACCUGAAGAUCGUAAAGACAGAGUUUCUGUUCAAACAUGAGACUGACAUCAGAGUGAUGAUUUUGUCUUGGAUCCCCAUCAUUUCAGAUCGCAUUUAUUAUUUUGAUCCAGUUAUUUGUUUGUCGGAUAUAACGGGAAAAGUAUUUAAUCCAGUCAGCAAUUAACCACCCAAUAAUUUCGUCCCUUCUUGUAGGAAUCUGCGUCGUUUCCGUCGCUGGCAGGUGCGGCAGGUGGAGGCGAUGCGCUGCAGGAGAGAGUGGCACCGCCAGCUGGGUGUGGAGAACGCCGGAAGCCUGGACUGUCGAUUUAAGCUCAACACCCACAAGAUGGUGUUUGUGAUGAACUCUGAGGACUACAUGUACCGCAGAGGAGCCUUGGUGAAGGCAAGGAAGGUCGGUCAACAGUUCCUAGUUUUCUCGUGUUGUAAGAUUUCGCUCUCGUGUUGUAGAAAAUCUGGUUGGAGGAUGUGUGUCUUCUUUCUCAAUCCAGCUCGAUGUCUCAUAGAUGAAGCUCUGACAGUUUUUUCGCUCUUCCCCCACAGUCGCAGCACAGAGUGGCAGCAGGCCAGCAUGAGCGCUUUGACAAGUGGCACCAGGGCUGGCUGGCCAAUCACGUCACAGCGUCGUCUGAACGCUCGGUGCAUAACUGGCUUAUGGGAGAGGAGGAAGAGGACAUGAUCCCCUGCAAAACUACCUGCCUGUCGACUGAGGUGAAAGGCCAAUCAGUGAACAGAUACCAAGUUCAUUACAGCAGUAGCAAAGCUCCAGCCUCACCGUAGAGGCCUGCCAAGAGAUGGACACAUAGCAAACGCCAACACACACUCACACACACCCACACACAUAUACACAAGUACACACACAUACACACAGGUAAAUGCAUGGACGUACAGGACAUUUAUACACUAAACACAGACAUAAACAGCUGCAGUCCCACUUCUCCACCUUCUCUUCAACAACGUGCUCACUCAUUCACUUUCACUCAUCGGUGAAGAAACUGGAGUGAGUCAGUGAAUGUGUGCACAGUGAGUGAUGGUGCGGAGGAAGACGACCAACACAGACAGUGAGGAAAUCAAUGAAAGUGAACUCGGACCUGAUUGAUGGGACGGGUCAGACAUGACGGCACAAACGUUAGCAGCAGCAGCAGCAUCACCAUCAUUUUAGCUUCUCUGGUGGCACUAAACGUUGAUCAGACUGACGAUCACAGACGAUUGAUCAGGUGAGAAGUUCAGUGAUCAUGGAGUUUGUUUCAGAAAUGUGAAUGUCUGUUUCUUUUUUCUUUAUUUUUUUAAGUCAAGUGUAGUUUUUAGCUUCUAAAGCCGGAGAGCCUUCUGUUUGUUGGUUGGUUGGUUGGUUGGUUGGUUGGUUGGUUAAUGCGUGUUCAUAUGGAGAGAUUAUGGUAAAUGUGUGUAUGUAUGUGUAUCCCGCUCUUCAUUUUGUCUGUUUGUAUUGCCCAGUGCAGGCUCGACAACUCCAGUAAUUCUGUUAUUACUGUACGUGCAUAUAUACAACAGGGAUCCUGACUUUUUAUAUAUGCAUCUACAUGAGUUGAAUGAAGCAUCUUAAGAUUAUGUGGUUCUUUACAGUGUUUGCUGUCUGCCAACUCUUGAUGUUUGCAUUUUUUUUUUUCGUUUCUUUCCCUUUUUUGUGUUGUAGCUAAACAAGAUAUCACCGGGGCAACAAAGAGUCCUUAAAGUUAAUUGGUUUAUUAUGGAUGAAGCAGUCAAUUUAUGUAUCAUGUUCAUGAUACUAAAUGUUUACUUUGUAUUGUCUUUCUUUUGCAUACUGACAUUGAAAAUAAAGCAAAAUAUCAGUGUUAAAAUAGAAUGUAUAACAUUUAUCCUGUAUCAGUUAUCACAAAAUAAACAACCUAGUUGUGACCUUCUUA